GCCAGAACGGAAGAGAGUCAAAACGCAAACUUUUUUGAGAGAGAGACUCAUCUCUGUAGAGAGAGAGAGGGAGGAGCAGGCGGGAGGCGAGGCGGAGAAGAUGAUGACCGGAGUCGCUGAGGACGAAGAGAAGUGGCUCGCGGCGGGGAUCGCCGGGCUGCAGCAGAACGCCUUCUACAUGCAUCGCGCCAUGGAUUCCAACAACCUGAGGGACGCCCUCAAGUAUUCAGCCCAGAUGCUCUCGGAGCUUCGCACGUCCAAGCUCUCUCCUCACAAGUAUUAUGAGCUGUAUAUGAGAGCGUUUGAUGAGUUGCGGAAGCUUGAGAUUUUCUUCAAGGAGGAGGCUAGGCGGGGCUGCUCCAUUGUUGAUCUAUACGAGCUCGUGCAGCAUGCUGGCAACAUUUUGCCCCGACUAUAUCUUCUUUGUACCGUCGGUUCCGUGUACAUUAAAUCAAAAGAGGCUCCUGCAAAGGACAUACUAAAAGAUCUUGUUGAGAUGUGUCGAGGCAUUCAACAUCCUUUACGAGGACUCUUCUUAAGGAGCUAUCUCUCCCAAGUCAGCAGAGAUAAGCUGCCUGAUAUUGGUUCUGAGUAUGAAGGAGAUGCUGAUACCAUCAUGGAUGCAAUGGAAUUUGUACUCCAGAAUUUCACUGAGAUGAAUAAGCUUUGGGUGCGGAUGCAGCAUCAGGGACCUGCCCGGGAGAAGGAGAAGCGGGAGAAAGAGAGGAGCGAGCUUCGUGAUCUUGUUGGGAAGAACCUGCAUGUCCUCAGCCAGAUAGAGGGAGUUGACCUUGAGUUGUACAAAGAGACCGUGCUUCCUAGAGUCUUGGAGCAGGUUGUCAACUGCAAAGAUGAUAUUGCCCAGUAUUACUUGAUGGAUUGCAUAAUUCAAGUAUUCCCCGAUGAGUAUCAUUUGCAGACUCUGGAGAUAUUGUUGGGUGUUUUCCCUCAGCUUCAGCCUUCUGUCGACAUCAAGACGGUUCUGUCCCAACUGAUGGAAAGGUUAUCAAACUAUGCUGCUAUAAGUGCAGAAGCUUUGCCUGAGUUCUUGCAAGUUGAAGCUUUCUCCAAGUUGAAUAAUGCUAUAGGGAAGGUGAUAGAAGCUCAGGCGGACAUGCCUGUUUUUGGAGCUGUGACCUUAUAUUCAUCUCUUCUUAAAUUUUCCCUCCACGUGCAUCCUGAUCGUCUUGAUUAUGCAGACCAAGUAUUGGGAUCAUGUGUAAAGCAACUCUCUGGAAGGGGGAAGAUUGAAGACAGCAAAGCAACAAAACAGAUUGUUGCACUAUUAAGUGCUCCGAUUGAGAAAUACAACAAUGUUGUUACUGCAUUGAAGCUUUCUAAUUAUCCUCGUGUGAUGGAAUACCUCGACAACGAAACAAAUAAAGUCAUGGCAACAGUUGUAAUUCAGAGCGUAAUGAAGAAUAAUACACACAUUACUACUGUUGACAAGGUUGAAGCAUUGUUUGAACUGAUAAAAGGACUGAUAAAGGAUUUGGAAAGAACUGCUUAUGAUGAGCUUGAUGAAGACGAUUUCAAGGAGGAGCAAAAUUCUGUCGCACGUCUUAUUCAAAUGCUGCAUAAUGAUGAUCCAGAAGAGAUGUUUAAGAUUAUAUGUACUGUGAGGAAACAUAUCUUAACCGGCGGCCCCAAGCGUCUACCUUUUACUGUUCCUCCUCUUGUCUUUUCAUCUCUUAAGUUGGUUAGACAAUUGCAAGGCCAAGAAGAAAAUCCUUUUGGAGAUGAAGCAGCUACGACACCUAAAAAAAUAUUUCAGCUUCUAAAUCAGAUCAUUGAGGCACUAUCUAAUGUCCCAGCACCUGAUCUGGCAUUACGAUUGUAUUUGCAAUGUGCCGAGGCUGCAAAUGACUGCGAGUUGGAACCUGUUGCGUACGAAUUCUUUACGCAGGCAUACAUCUUAUAUGAAGAAGAGAUCUCCGACUCCAAGGCACAGAUAACCGCAAUACAUCUGAUAAUAGGAACUCUUCAGAGGAUGCAUGUGUUUGGAGUCGAAAACAGAGAUACUUUGACACACAAAACUACUGGGUAUUCAGCGAAGCUAUUAAAGAAGCCUGAUCAGUGCAAAGCUGUUUACGCAUGCUCUCAUCUCUUUUGGGUCGACGAUCAGGAUAAUAUGAAAGAUGGAGAGAGGGCUUUGCUCUGCCUGAAGCGUGCCUUGAGGAUUGCAAACGCUGCACAACAAAUGUCAAAUGUGACACGAGGAAGCGCUGGUUCAGUCACCCUCUUUGUCGAGAUACUGAACAAGUACCUAUACUUCUUCGAGAAGGGAAACCCUCAGAUCACUGUUGCUGCAAUCCAAAGCCUGAUUGAAUUGAUAACAACCGAGAUGCAAAGCGACACGACCACACCGGACUCCACUGCAGAUGCUUUCUUUGCGAGCACGCUACGAUACAUUCAGUUCCAGAAACAGAAAGGUGGGGCAGUGGGCGAGAAGUACGGGCCAAUUAAGGUGUGACGAUGAUGAUCUGAUGGGUAAGUCUCAAUCCCACAGCCGAAGACAAAAAUGUGGAGUUUGAUGCAAUGACACCCCUCAUGGCUUUGUCGGGUUCUUAACCUGUUGUAGUAUGCUCUUGUGGGUUGAUUUUAGUGCAGGCCUGAGGGUAGUUAAUACUCCAUAAAUUAGAGGAGGGUCUGCUUGUAUUAUCAUCUAGUCAUCCUUCAGGAUUGCCUGAGAAGUGUAGUGCCAUUUUUGGUUCUCUCUGAUCAGAUCAUUCUUCUGUUUGGGAAUUAGAGAUAAGACUUGGAUCGAUGUGUGCAUACCCAGAGAGCAUCCUUGUCACUGUGAAGCAUUUUACUUUGAUAGAUGAGAUAUAUAGCAACUAUUUUCCUAACAGUUUGGUCUUGUUAUUGUGCUUACUCUGAUCUCUCGUUUUUGCUCGAUUUUAUCAACUGCGAAGAAUGAUAAGAACGAAAAUGGUGGAAUUUCUUAUAUAUAGUA